AUGGGCGUCACUGUAACUUCUUCCAAUAACGCUGUCGGCCAGGAGCUGGCCUCGGUUCUGCCUCAGGAUAACAAAAGGUGGUACCAGCGCAGUCACCUCAUCAAGCUCAGCCUCAUAACACUGUCCUUGUGCCAAUUCUCCUCCUGCAACGGAUACGAUGGCUCCAUCAUGAACGGCCUGCAAUCACUGCCAACAUGGCAUACAUUCAUGGAUGCCCCAGCCGGAGCAUGGCUCGGCUUUAUCAACGCUAUCUAUUGGUUGGGCAUGAUGGUCUGCUCUCCACUUGCAUCCCUGGUCAGCAACAGAUACGGUCGCAAACCUAAUGUUUGGAUUGGAUACGCCUUCCUCGUCAUUGGUGUCACUCUGCAGACUGCUUCCCCGAACGACAAAACCUUCAUAGUGGCGAGGUUAUUUCUGGGAGGGUGUUCAGCUUUCUAUUCGAACUCCGUCCCUCUCUUAAUCAAUGAAAUUGCUUAUCCCACCCACCGUGGCGUUGUCAGUGCUGUCUUCAAUACCGGCUGGUAUGUCGGCUCGAUCAUCGCCGCAUGUGUCACUUUCGGGACUCGCAACUAUAGCAGCUCUUGGGGAUGGAGGCUUCCCUCACUCCUCCAGAUACUUCUCCCAAUCGUUGCACUCCCAGGCUUCUGGUGUUGCCCUGAAUCGCCCAGGUUUUUGAUCGACCAGGGACGCAUUGAAGAGGCCCGCAAGAUUAUCUCGACCUACCAUGCAGGCGGUGACAACAACGCUCCCUUAGUCAAUUAUGAAAUGCUGGAAAUUGAGACUGCCAUCGCUGCUGAGAAGACUGCAAAGUAUUCGUCCAGCUAUGCCGACAUGAGCAGAACUAAGGGCAACCGCUGGAGGCUGGCCAUCUCGGUUUCCCUCGCCAUUUUCUCUCAAUGGAGCGGCAAUGGGGUCGUCUCGUACUAUCUUGCAUUGGUCCUGACCACUGUCGGCAUCACCAGUGCUACAGACCAGCUGCUCAUUAACCUUGGUCUACAAAUUUGGAAUCUCAUCUUCGCCGUCACAGCAGCAUUCAGCGUGGAUAAACUCGGCCGUCGUGCCCUCUUCCUCGCGUCGGCAGGCACCAUGUUGACCAGCUAUAUCAUCGUGACCGGCCUCUCUGGAUCUUUUGCUCAGACCGGUCAUGCCGCCACGGGUAUCGCCGUCGUGCCGUUCCUCUUCUUCUUCUUUGCUGGCUACGAUAUCGCUCUUACGCCUCUCCUGGUUGCGUAUCCCUGCGAAAUCUGGCCCUACACGCUGAGAACCAAAGGCAUUACGGUGACAUGGGUGACCGCCAUUUCCGCCAUCUUCUUCAACACGUUUGUCAACCCCAUUGCCCUCGAAGCUAUUGGAUGGAAAUACUACAUUGUCUUCGUUGUGGUAUUGAUUAUUUUCUGUAUCACUGCGUACUUCUUCUACCCCGAGACUCGAGGCCAUAGCUUGGAGCAGAUGGCUCUUAUCUUCGAUGGUGAAGAUGCGGCGGUCAUGGAGCCUGAGAAAACUAAAGAGCGUGCUGUGAGUGUCUCGCACGAUGAAGGAGCGCGAGGCGGAGCGAAGAAUGAGACGGUGUACUAUACGGAAAAGGUGUGA